UUGUAAUUGAGACGUGUAAACAUAUACAACGUUUAGUAAUAAAAUAUAUUUUUAAUAUUCAAAAUUAUUACCAAUUAGUUUAAUAACAUUAAAAAUUAUGAUUAAACUAGUAUGUGUUUUAAUAUUUAUUCUAUUGAAAGUGGAAGCCGAUGAAAGUGACUUCGAUCCAGUUGGGAGCCCAUUGCUCGUUGAAUAUCCUUGUCAGGAUUCCAAGGAAAUUGUAACUUGGUUUGACCCUGGCUUGCCACCAAGGGAAAAAAAUAGGUAUUAUGUCCUGAUGAAUAGAUAUUUUCCAGCAAAUUCUGUAAUAGAAAUGGCUUUUGAUUCGGACGUGAACAUUAUGCAUAGACACGAGAAAAAUAAAAAUGGAACGCUUACAAAAAUAUUUGUGGGUAGCAACGAAUCCCUAACGUUAACUUUUGUUUCCGAACUCAUGGGAUUUGGAUUUAUUGUGAAAGGCGUCGUUCCAGGAACAAAUCCUUAUUUUGAUAGUUUAACUAUAAACGGUGAAGAAGUCUGCAAUCAACCAAAUGUGGGAUACCUCGAAGGAUACAUAGCAGAAACAUUGGAUAAGGGUCCACAGAGGAAUUGUGGACAUCGGAAGAUAGAUCACACGGAGUUGAUAGUCGAAGGAACUAGUACUAAGCCUGGGGAUUGGCCGUGGCACGCGGCAAUUUUCAGGCUUAGUAAUAAAGUUUUGCAAUAUAUCUGUGGCGGAACAUUGAUCUCUAAAAAUUACUUAUUAUCAGCUGGUCAUUGUGUCACUAUGAGAGGAGUUCCACUUCGACCGGGUGACCUAAAUAUUGUUCUUGGAAAGUAUAAUCUGAUUGGAGGCGAUGCUGGAACACAAGAACGAGCGGUUCACAAAGUAAUUGUUCAUGAAAAAUUUAACUAUAUGAAUCUAAAUAAUGACAUUUCUCUACUUAAAUUUAAAUCUGAAGCCAUAUUUACUGAUUAUGUACAACCUGCUUGUCUGUGGUUCAGCAACGCUGAUAGCAACCGAGAUGAUCAUUUGGAAACAGGACAAGUCUUUGGAACAAUUGUAGGUUGGGGAUAUGACAGUAAAGAUGCUUUAACGCGCCAGUUGCGACAAGCGAAGAUACCCAUGGUGUCAGAAAACGCAUGCAUUAAGAGUCAUCCUCUAUUUUACGCAAAUGUUCUAAAUGGCAAUAAAUUCUGCGCUGGAUAUCACAAUGGUACAUCUGCAUGCAAUGGUGAUAGCGGUAGCGCCUUCCAGGUUUUCGUUGCUGACAAAAAUCACGAUCCGAAUUUAGUCACAACUGGUGCUUGGUACGUCCGUGGUAUCGUGUCUGUGACAGUUGCAAGAACAGAUCAACCGAUAUGUGAUCCGAAGCAUUACGUCGUGUUCACUGAUGUGGAAAAAUAUCGACCAUGGAUUGAUGCUUAUUUGGAAAACGAAAGAAAUUGAUUUUUUUUUCAUACAAUAUUAACCAUCACUGUAAUUGUUAUUAAAAUAAAUUUUAUAUACUACAAGUUUUGACCGGCCUCGUGGCUCACAUGUCAGGGAGGGGGAAAUUUGCUGUUUGUUUCAAGUGCUAUUUACAGGCACAAGAAAUACAACUUGUUAGUUCGAAAUAGUGUGUGGUGUAUUGAGGAGGCGUUAGAUUGUUAAAAUUUCAUACCGUGGUGUUAUCUACAGCCAGUGGUGACCACUUGCCAUGAUGGUUAUUUUUCCAGUCUGUCUAUUCUUUUAUAAUAAUAUAAAAAAAGAACUAACAUUAUAUGAAGAAUAAGAUACUUUAUAAAUCUAAACGAUUGGACCAGAAUGUAAAGAAAUAGCAUUCUUAAAAGAUUGGAGCAUAUUUUCUUCUUUAAGUGAUCUUUUCUUUCUCCUAAUAUUUAAUAUAUAGUUGUUAAUGUUUCAUAU